UAAUAGGAAACAGAAAACAGAUGGCUAUUUCUAGUGAUGAGAGUAAGUCUGACUCACGGCAUGCCAGUACACCAUUAUACGAUUCCAGCAGAUCGCCAGCAGGAUACAUUACAGAACAGGUGGUGACAGUCAGAGGUGGCUUUAGAGGAAAAGAAAAUGAAGGGAAAAAAGAAGAGAAUUCAAACUGUAUGUGACCCUCGCCCCAGCACACUUGUUCACCGGUUCUGGGAGCUGAGGAAGGACGUUGCUUUGAAAUGUUUUGUUGCUCACUGUGUAGUAUGGGAGGUUCAGGUCAGCGAUUGGCUGCAAGCUGCUCUCCAGCUCACUGAUAGAGGGUCAGAUAGAGGCUCAUCACUGUUGUGUUCAUUCAUUACUGCCUCUGCUGAAUGAAUCCAGUCUGUGCUGUUUCAGUUCCCUGUUUACACGGCACCUUUGUUUAAUAGCGCAGCAUCUUCAGAAAGGAUUUUGGAUGAAUCCAUUCCGCCAAGGACAAACUUCGUUGUGAGCCGAAUCACAAGUCUGGUUUGAUCUCUUUGGAUGGCAGUAGACUCCUACGUGGCAACUUGAUUGGUAAACUGCAGAGAGAGAGAGAGAGAGAGAAAUUUCCUCAGUGGCUCAGUUUGUAAGCACUGCUUUGUCUGAGUCACACAGACUGAGUAGAUCCCAGGUUUGAAUUUGUGUCUACUGAGGUCACGCAUCUAAGUCAGAGCAGCAAUGCGGCUGCUGCAAUUAGCCUCAGGAUUGUGAACCUUGGAGGGGAAAAUGAACCGUGCCUUCUGAAUCUUUUGCUUUCAGUGACAUCACCAGAAAGUGUGUGGAUGGUGGGCCUUUUUGGUCAGUGAACACAGGAGUGGGCGCUUUCCAGCAAGAGUCUCGUCCACCUCGUUGAAAAUGCUGGGAAGGAAGGGCAGCCCCGGGUCCAGCUGGGUUUCCUUGGUUCUGUUGCUGGUUCACUUGAGUGCAGCACUGGAAGUCCCUCUCGAUCCAAAAAUUCUGCAAGAACUGUCGCAACCUCCUACUAUCACCCGCCAGUCUCCAAAAGAUUACGUAAUAGACCCCAGGGAUAACAUCGUAAUCCAGUGCGAGGCGAAAGGGAAGCCACCCCCCAGCUUUUCGUGGACUCGCAAUGGAACCCAUUUUGAUAUUGACAAAGACUCCAGGGUGAUAAUGAAACCAAAUUCGGGGACUCUGGUGAUUGACAUUGUCGGUGGUGGGAAGGCAGAGGCCUAUGAAGGAGAGUAUCAGUGUACAGCGAGAAAUGACCGGGGCACAGCUGUCUCCAACAAAAUUGUCAUCCGCCAGUCCAGGUCCCCCAUGUGGGCAAAAGAGAAAAUAGAACCAAUUAUAGUCCAGGAAGGUGUUGCUCUAGUCCUCCGCUGUGACCCUCCAGCUGGCUUGCCACCGCCUAUCAUCUUCUGGAUGGACAGCUUGAUGCGGAGAUUUCCACAAAAUGAAAGGGUGUCCCAGGGUUUGAACGGAGACCUUUAUUUUUCGAAUGUCCUACCAAAUGACAGCCGGAGUGACUAUAUCUGCUACGCCAGAUUUAACCACACUCAAACCAUCCAACAGAAACAGCCAAUUUCGGUCAGGGUGUUAACAAUGGAUGCAAUCAAUGAGACUUAUGCAGCUAUUUCGAAUGGCACUGAAUUAAGUGGUGAUAGCCCUGCAGGAGAGCGUAAGCCCAGCAUUCUGAGUCCCAAAGGAACCCGCAGCAAUAAAAUGGUGUUGAGAGGACAAAUUCUGUACCUGGAAUGCAUCGCGGAGGGUCUACCCACACCUGUAAUUCGUUGGAAUAAGGAAGGUGGAGAACUGCCCAGUAACAGGGCCUUCCAAAUCAAUUAUAAGAAGACCCUGAAAAUCAUUGACGUCUCCGAGGCGGAUUCUGGAAGAUAUCAGUGCACGGCGAAGAAUAAGAUGGGCACCAACAAGCAUACUAUUUCAGUCACAGUCAAAGCCGCACCGUACUGGAUAAAUGAGCCCAAGAACCUGGUGCUGGCCCCAGGCGAAGACGGGACGAUAAUCUGCAGAGCCAAUGGCAACCCGAAGCCCGCUGUCCAAUGGCUUGUCAACGGCUUUCCCAUUGAAAGUGCCCCCAGUGAUGUCAGCCGACAACUGAUGGACGACACGAUCAUGUUUACAAAGGUGCAGGUUUCCACCAGCGCAGUCUACCAGUGCAACGCCUCCAACCAGCAUGGCUACUUACUGGCCAAUGCGUUCGUCAAUGUCCUUGCUGAACCUCCUAGAAUGCUUAGCUUCAGUGACCAGGUCUACCAGGUUAUAGCCAACAAGCCUGCUUGGCUGGAUUGUGCAUUUUUUGGAUCCCCAAUCCCCAAAAUCCAAUGGUUCAAGGAUGGGCAUGGCAGCAUUCUAUAUGGUGAUUCUUACAUUUUCCAUGACAAUGGCACAGUGGAAAUCAUCAUUGCCCAGAAGAACAACAGCGGAACAUACACCUGCAUCGCCACCAACACACUGGGAGUCGCCCACAACCAAGCCUUUCUGGAGGUCAAAGAUCCAACUACGAUCAUCAAACAGCCUGAGUACCAGUCUGUGGAGAAAUUGGGCACCGCUGUGUUUGAGUGUCAGGUGAAGCACGACCCAACACUGCUUCCAAUUAUUAUAUGGCUCAAGAACGGUGAGGAGCUGCCAGACGAUAGCAGGCACCAGGUGUUUGGGGACACCUUGACUGUUCUUCAUGUGACUGAAGAGGACCAGGGAUCAUACACGUGCAUUGUGAACACCACCCUGGAUGUGAACUCCGCUACAGCUGCCCUCACUGUUCUAGAUCGACCCGAUCCACCAUCAGACCUAGAAUUAACAAGUCCUCUAGACAGGAGUGUGCAGCUGUCAUGGAUACCAGGAGAUGAGCACAACAGUCCCAUUUCACAUUUCAUCAUUGAGUAUGAGGAGGACCAGUUCGAGCCUGGAGCCUGGCACCAUCUAGUGGAAGUCGAGGGAACAAAGAGCACUGCACAGCUGAAGCUUUCACCUUAUGUCAAUUACCAGUUCCGUGUUAUUGCCGUUAAUCCGAUUGGCAGCAGUGAACCAAGCUUACCUUCUGAACACUACUUCACCCAGCCGGCUGCGCCAGAAGAUAAUCCAUCAAACGUGCAGGGGAUGGGAACUGACCCAAACAACCUCGUCAUUACCUGGAAGCCUCUGAAAGGCAUCCAGCAUAACGGGGCAGGACUGACGUAUAAGGUCAGCUGGCGACAGAAGGACGUGGAUGAUGAGUGGACCUCUGUCAUGGUCGCCAAUGUUUCCAAGUACAUCGUCUCGGGAACCCCCACGUUUUCCCCCUAUGAUUUGAAGGUGCAAGCGUUCAACUCGCUCGGAGCUGCCCCGGAACCCCAGGCUGUCACUGGAUACUCUGGAGAGGACUUACCAUUGCUGGCCCCUACUUCAGUGCGGCAGCAUGUUGUUAACAGCACUCUGGCCAAGGUCCAUUGGAAUCCAGUUCCACCAGAAAGUGUUCUUGGAUUUCUGAAGGGGUAUAAAAUCUACUAUUGGAAAGAGCGAAGCCUGAUCAAACAGAGCAGACAUCACCCCGAAGUGAAGAUCCUGACCUUUAGUGGAGACAAGAACCACGGGAUGGUGCCUGGCCUGGAUCCGUUCAGUGUUUACAAACUCAACGUCAGGGUCUUCAAUGGGAAGGGUGUGGGUCCUCCCAGUGACAACGUAGUGGUGCAAACACCUGAAGGAGUGCCCAGUUCUCCAGAAUUUUUGAAGAUAACCAGCCCGACACUGGAUUCUCUAACCCUGCAGUGGGGACCUCCUGUCCAUCCCAAUGGCAUCCUGAAAGGCUACAUUCUGAAAUACCAACCCAUUAACAGCACACACGAGCUAGGCCCCCUGGUGGAGAUCACCAUCCCUGCCGACAACGAGACCAGCUGGACUUUGAAGGACCUCAACUACAGCACCCGCUACAAAUUCUAUCUGAAUGCAUACACGGCUGUAGGUCCGGGCAGCAAAAUCACAGAGGAGGCGAUCACAGUCAUGGACGAAGCGUUUCCCGCACCAGGGCUGGGGAGAGGAGAAUUCGCCACACGCCCUUUAGCGAAAACAGAUACGGUAGUCCCUGUUGAUAAAACAGUGAAGGUCCUGGUUCCUCGUCCAGUAAUUAGGAAUGUUACCAAGUCUGGGACCUAUGCAAAUAUCAGUUGGGAGUUUGACCAGAUGGAUGUGCACUUUUAUGUUGAAUAUGAGCUAGCUGACAGUAAAGGGCCUUUGGAAAGAAAGUUGAUAAAUGGCACUCAGUCCUUCUUUGUGCUGAAAGGCUUGUUGCCUGGAACUGUUUACAAAGCUCGGGUUGUUGCUGAGAGUCAUUCUGACCAGUUUCGAAGCAGCGAUGUGCGGUUUGAGACAGACCCACCAGCAAUGGCUAGCCGGCAGGUCGAUAUUGCCACCCAGGGAUGGUUCAUUGGUUUAAUGUGCGCCAUCGCCCUUUUAAUCCUGAUCCUGUUGAUCGUCUGCUUCAUCAAAAGGAAUAAAGGAGGAAAAUAUCCAGUGAAGGAGAAGGAGGAUGCGCACGCAGACCCAGAGAUUCAGCCGAUGAAAGAGGAUGAUGGAGCUUUUGGUGAAUACAGGUCUCUAGAAAGCGACACAGAGGACCAUAAACCACUCAAAGGCAGCAGGACGUCCUCAGAUGGCACAGUGAAGAAAGGAGAGAGUGAUGAUAGUUUAGUUGACUACGGUGAAGGUGGGGAAGGACAGUUCAAUGAGGAUGGCUCUUUUAUUGGACAGUACAGUGGAAAGAAGGAGAAAGAAGCAGUAGAAGGGAACGAAAGCUCAGAGGCUCCAUCUCCCGUCAAUGCCAUGAACUCCUUUGUCUAAACAAUGGAACUUGACAUUCUUAAGACAACUACGUGUACCAUCAAUCAUGCAGAGUUAUCUAUUUACACUUAUCUCCAGACUUGUCAUUACGUGCACGUUUUUAAACAAAACACAUGAUGGAAAGGUAGUGCCUAAAUGUCCUGAGUGUAUACAAAACAGUGAAAAAUGUGGGUUUUCAAGUGUGCAACUAAAGCGAGAGAGAGAUUGUGAAUUAUUGUAACUAAUUUGAACAUAAAUUGUUUUCUUCUGUAUAUAGAGUUGAAGUUGGCACUUCGGUAGUUCUGUGAUAUGUUGGGUUCAUUUUUGUCUCCUAUUGGUUUGAGCUAACCUAGUGCAUGAGAAGAACAUGAAUCUCACUGCACCUGAGAUAGAUCCGUGUAUGCUGUGAUGACAGUGGUCUGUAUUAUAUCUGUUUAUAAAGUGCACAGUACAGUAACUGAAAAUGAAAUGUUUUGUCGUCAGUGUUCUCUUGGUAUUAUAUAGACCAUCAAUGUCUUGGACAUUGUUGUGAAGAUGGUAAUCAACUUUUUGGAUGUAUAGCUGCCAUUCAUGUCUUUUUUUGCAAGACAACAAGGUGCUGGUUGUAUCCAAUUGCAGUGAAGGCUUCCAGUGACUGGAGAUGGUCUGCCAACCGAGCCCCUGUUUGUAGAGUACUUUGUAGUUCCCCGUCUUUCAAAACAAAGAAGUAAUAUUUUAAUUAGUUAUUAAUAAAGAAAUGCGUCUUGCUGAAGAACAGGGCGUUCUCCUUAAACGCACUAUUAGGCAAAAUCGCACACCAACAGUAUGAGUAUGAGCACACAAACCUUUUAAGGCCUUACACACCUUUUGUAAAUUAAUCUAUUGACAAACCACAAGCGUUUUAACACACAGCACCAUGUAUGACACUUAAUCUAGCUGCUGCAAUUUGUAAUGCUAUUAUUUUCAGUCUUUUAAGAUCCAAAUUUUUAAAAGGGUUGGGGGUGGGAGGGAAAUUUUCAGGAGUGGCCACUUUUCAAUUUUUUGGAAUGAAACGAGCAAAGCUAUAAUUUGGACUGAUCUCUGAAACCUUUGCAUAGUGACAGUCUCUAAACUGACAGACGAAAAAAAUCAGAGUUACAACCGUAAGGUUGAAAUGUUUUGAGGAUAAUUAUUUUUAAUUUUUUGUUCUGCUAUUCUUCAUAACUUGCAUCAAGUUUAAGCUUUUUCGUUAUUUGUAGAUAUUAUGUUGUAUUUUGUAAAUAUACUUUAACUUGUUGCAGAUGCCACAGGCUUCUAGAUUGUUGCAAUGCAGCUCAACUUGUAUUGUGUAUGAAGUGAUAUUUAGCCAAUGGAGUGCAUGGUAUUGACUUUGACAGUUUUCUUCACUGUUCUGCUGCAGAUUCAUAAAGCUGCAUACUCACUGCCUGUGAGCGUUUUAGUGAUCUAUUUCUGACCAGCUUCAACAUCUCAACAACUCACUUUGAAUAUCACGGUGUGCUCCUGAAAUAACAGCUUAUUGUGUGCGAGAAGCUAUUUUUAUACAGUGUUCGAAAUUAACAUCUAUUUGCAAAUUCUUUUUUUAAAAAAAAAGAAAUGCUGAGUUGGGGGAUGAGAAAUUGUCCUCUGGGCCUCGGGAACUCACCCAUAAUAGUAAAUCCAGUGAAUCAGUUUUGGAACUGCAUAAUUUUUCACAUCGUUCAGUAAUUUGCUUACGUGGGAGCACUGUGACAAACGUUUUAAAAAAAAAGCUUAAAUAAAAAUCAGGAUCCGUGCUGUUACCGUCAAUAGCUCAAACUUGCUAAUGCAUUUUUAAGAGUGACUAACAGACUCAUCAAGCAGUCUAAAGUUAAUUUCGAACUCUGGUGAUUGAGAUGUACGAUUUCUCUUUGCAUGAGAGGGUAUGUAGUCAAACCAGAGGAUUUCUGCUGUACCUCACUGUUCUGUAUCACCAAUUAGGAGCUUACUGAUUUUGUAUAGGAAACAAACAAGUUGGAAAUAAAUGUGCUUUAGACUUUCA